AUGCUCAGGGAAGGGAACAGUGCAGAAUUAUAUCCGGCCGAGUGGAAAUGGUUUAUUGCUCAUAGCUUCUAGAAUUUGAUUUUGGCAACGUUUCGGGUUCAUUCUCAAUGUUAUGGCCGCCGAGUGUUUCGUUUGUCUUGCAACCAUAUACUUGUUUGUUAGUUUUGUUUAUGUGUACUUUGUUGAUUGUGGUACCUAUGGUGGCGCUUGAACAGAAUUUUGUAACUGAUACAAACUAGUGCAGAUAGAGACGACGGCUCAUCACCUUGAAAAUUGUGCAACUGGGCGCGUUUCCAUAUCUUGUUGACAUUUCUGGCGAUCAAAACAGCUAAACGGCUACGCGAAACAUUGAUAGCGGCGUAGAGCAUCAACGACUGUGGCACAAAAUUUCCGCGAAAGAUUUGCUCGGUAGUCUAGUUGAGUUGAACUCGUCGUGAACUCGAGGCGUGGUGAAGUAGGUCCAGGACAUAAUUUUUGGCAUAUUACGCAGGCUAUUGUUUGCACGUGGAUUGAGAAUGGAUGCAAAUGGAAUUCAUUUCGAUUCCGGGUCCACGGAAUUAAAUCAAAGGAUAAUUGAAUGGUUAAAGUGGGAUAAGAACGAAAAAACUUUGAAAGAAAUUAAAUCACUAGUGAACGAUUCCGAAUGGAAAGUUCUUUCCUCACGAUUAUUGAAGCGUCUUGCGUUCGGAACGGCUGGUCUCCGUGGUGCGAUGCAGGCAGGUUUCAAUGCCAUGAAUGAUCUGGUUGUAAUCCAAUCGGCGCAAGGACUAUGCAAAUAUAUCCUUGAGUGUUACCCUUCAGAAUCGGAUCGCCGUCGUGGUAUUGUGUUGGGCUUUGAUGGACGACAUAAUAGCAAGAGAUUUGCUGAACUCAGUGCGUGCAUAUUUCUUACCGAAGGCAUUCCCGUAUGGUUAUACAGUCGAACUGUAGCAACGCCAUUUGUUCCAUUUGCCGUAAAGGAAUUAGAGUGUCUUGCCGGUAUAAUGGUUACAGCUUCACAUAAUCCGAAAGAAGAUAACGGCUACAAGGUUUACUGGACAAACAGUGCGCAGAUCAUUUCUCCGCAUGACAAAAACAUUCAGGCUCACAUUUUGCAGAAUCUGAUUCCCCUCGAGAGUUCCUGGAAUCUAGAUCUGCUGAAAACCGAUCAACUUAAAGACCCGUACGAUACCAUGUCGAGUCUGUAUUUCGAGAAGCUUGCGGAAAACGUUCCGAAAUCUUUUGUAUCAGACUACAACUGCAACAGUUCGCAGCGGUUCGUGUAUUCGGCCAUGCAUGGCGUCGGAUAUCCCUUCAUCGAGCGAGGCUUCGAAACCGUUGGCUUGCAACCGGUGAUUGCGGUUAAGGAACAGCGAGAUCCGGACCCCGAAUUCCCCACCGUGAAAUUCCCCAAUCCCGAGGAAGGUAAAUCCAGCUUGGUGCUUUCGGUGAAGCUGGCCAACGAAACAGGCUGCGAUGUGAUUCUCGCGAACGAUCCUGAUGCCGAUCGAUUGGCUUGUGCCGAAAAAGAUCCCAGCACUGGCGAAUGGCGCGUGUUUUCUGGCAAUGAACUAGGAGCAUUACUCGGGUGGUGGUCAAUGCGUUGCUAUCGAGAAGAACAUCCCGAUGCUAACUUAGGCGAUUGUUAUCUGUUAGCGAGUACCGUUAGCUCGAAGAUGUGCCGAUCAAUAGCAAAAAUCGAAGGAAUGAACUUUGAAGAAACAUUAACAGGUUUCAAAUGGAUGGGUAAUAAGUCCGUCGAGUUGUUGGCUGAGGGUAAAAAGGUAUUAUUCGCAUUUGAGGAGGCGAUCGGAUUUAUGUGCUCGCCAACAGUUUUGGAUAAAGAUGGUGUUAGUGCUGCUUGUCAGUUGGCAACUAUGGUAUGCUAUUUAAAAAGUCUUUCCAAUCAAUCAUUAUCAGACAAGUUGAACGAAUUGUAUGAGAUCUACGGUUACCACUAUGCCACGACUUCCUAUCAUUUCUGUUAUGAACCAGCAGUGAUAGAGCGUAUAUUCGAGCGAAUCCGUACAUUGGAGGGAGCAGAACGUGGCUACCCAAAGGCUAUUGGUGAUGGUCAAUACACGAUAGAAUCCAUUCGAGACUUGACUACUGGAUAUGACUCUACUCAGGAAAAUGGCCAAGCAUUGCUGCCUUCGAGUGCUAGCUCACAAAUGAUAACAUUUUCGUUUGAAAAUGGUGCGGUUAUAACGCUUCGGACGAGUGGCACUGAACCGAAAAUCAAAUACUAUGCUGAAAUGUGUGCCAAACCAGGGCAGAGGGACUGGAACACGUCGAGAAUAACACUUAAAAAGAUGGUGGAUCAUAUCGUCGACGAAUUACUCGAGCCUACAAAGAAUAAUCUCACUCCCCGCUCUGAAUAAGGAUUUCGGGUUCGUUAAUGUUUAACUAAAAACAAAUAUGACACCAUUGCCGUGUGUCUGUUUAGUUUUGUACGCUAUUUAGUUCAAUAUGUUUGCACUUGGCGUUCACCAUAGGUAUUCGUUGAGAGGCUAGUACGUACUCGCUCCAUUUAGUAUACUGUACUCCGUCAAACUAGUGAUCGGAACAAUUCAAUCUCUUUCUCUAUAAGUAUACCGUAACGCUGUGUUGUUACUUUUUUAAACCCACUUCAUUAUGAAGUGGUUGGAGUACAAUAAUUGAUCUACAAUAUUUAUCUCUUGAUAAACCAUUGCCAGUUUUAACUUGUUCUAAUGUUGAGUAAAUUAUGCAAAACAAUUUAGUCAAAAAUAAAAAAUAAUCGACUAUUUAUUUUUACAAUGAUUUAUUCUAUAAUAAUCUUACAUGUCUCCUAAAUAGCUCACAAUCGAAGUAAACGUUAAUUAUUGUAUAAAAUUGCAUUUUUCUUUGGUCCUAUGAAGCAGUGAUUUACAACAGGAAUUGUAUACAAAAAAUUGUUUCAUUAUUAAAAAAGAAGAAGUGUGUGACUGGAAAA